AUGGUCUUCUUUGGUGGCUCGAGGAAAGUGAAGAAGAACUCACCCACACCCGAGCCCAAGGCUCAAAAGCGGCGAACCCCUCCAAAACCAGGACCACCGGCGCCGACUCAAUUUUCCCAGGGUGGGCUGCUCAGUAGCUCUUAUCAGCAACCUGCCCCCUUCCAGCCGGCCGGCCUUCUCCCCGCACCUCCUGGCUGGAAUGGAGGAGCGCAGCCUCCAACUUCGUACCAGCAGCUAGGGGCAUAUCCUCCUAUUAUCGUGAAUCAACAUCACUACUACUUGGGUGGCCCUCUUCCCUCGCAAGCCCCCGCACCCUCGUUCAUCGUCAGCAGCCCUCUGGACAAAGUGGAUCUCGGGUCAGCAGUUGACUUGGCCAAGGAAGUAUGUCAGGGGACCUGCAUCCCGCGCUUGCUGAACGAAGUGUUACCAUCGUGGCCCAAUUGUGGGAAUCAGCUUGUCAGGCAAGGCAAUGGCUUGGUGAACGAGAUAUCCAACCGCCUCGACAACGUCUUGACCACGAUUGACCAAGGAGGCUACAAUGGGAAGGAGCACGACAUUUUCGCCUGGCAGCCAACACAGGCCGCGACACCGCCAGUAUCUCUAGUUGCGCCUGUGAGCGAGAAGGGGUUGCUUAAAGUUGGCAAGAAAAGCUCCGGGAAGGGCCACCCCAAGGGACAGACAACCAUGGCGGCAGCGGUUGUGUCGGGAAGUUUCUUUACCAAAGUGGACUAUUACGCGAACUCGCGCUUGCCCAUGAACCUGCCCCCUCUCAAAUUGUUCAUUCCCACAUACCCACUGCUCUGUCUGGCAGCCCAGUAUUCUGAGCGCGUGUAUGAACUGCCUACAGGGCGCGCCGAGCGGGAUGCCCACGUCAGCGGAGAUUGGCGGACGGGGACAAAGGCUAUGGUGAUCAAGUCGGUGCCCAUGGACUACAUGAACACCAUUGUUUUCGCCAUUCGCGGCACAGCCACCUUCAUGGACUGGGCCGUUAAUCUUGACACGACGCCCACAUCGCCUAUGGGUUUCUUGGAUGACCCGGGAAACCUCUGCCACGCCGGGUUUCUGUCCGUCGCGCGUAAGAUGGUGGGCCCGGUGGCUAGCCGUCUUCGCCAGCUCCUCGAAGAAGACCCCGGGCGAGCCUCGUACUCACUCCUCAUCACGGGUCACAGCGCAGGAGGGGCGGUCGCUGCGCUCCUCUACAGCCACAUGCUCGCAACGUCCAAGGAAGCGGAAAGCGAGCUCAACGCCGUCUCUGGCUGCUUCAAACGCAUUCAUUGCAUCACCUUUGGCACACCACCCAUCAGCUUGAUGCCUCUGGCCAAACCAAAUGACUACGUCCGAUGCCCACAAGCACGAAAGAGCGUCUUCAUGAGCUUUGUCAACGAAGGUGAUCCAGUAACGCGGGCCGACAAAGCGUAUGUCAAGAGCUUGCUGGAGCUGUUCGCCACGCCGAAACCACGGCUAGACUCGGCAAAGGGGCAUCCCUCCGGCCCUCCUGACAGCAAUAAACCACGCCGGGGAGACAAGCCCACCAAAAACACCACCCCAAAGACGACAACACCAACCCGCUCCCUCAAAUCAGAAGCCGCAGGCCCCGUCUGGCCCGUCUCCCCUUGCACGCUCAGCUGCGCAGGCCGGAUCGUGGUGCUGCGGUCGGGCGGCCCCAAGGCGGCGCGGCUCCGGAGCAAGAAGGCAACGGUGGCAGAGCGGCUGCACGAGGGCGUCGUGGCGCAAAUCGUCACGGACGAGCAACUGCGCGGGGUCGUCUGGGGGGAUCCGGUCGCGCACAUGAUGCGGCUGUAUGCGGGACGGAUCGAGGUGCUUGCUGUUGGGGCGGUGACGGGUAUGGUGUGA